AUGACCCCACAACCGAACCAGGACGAAAAUCACGGCGCUGAUUCGAUUCACCAACAAGCUAUUAAGCAGAGUAUAACCAAACCAAGAGUGAUAGAUGAUGAAGGAGAGGGCGAUUUAGAUCCAGGAAUGUCUAGCUUGGACACUCCUUACUUUGAUUAUGCCUUUGAGCGUUCCUUAAGACAGCAAGAUGCCAAGUUUCUGGCUAUGAAUAACUCACAAGGAAAUCGUGGAAGUUUUUCGAGCUCGCAACCUUCUCGCAGACCUACAAAUGAGACCGAUGCCACUCAAAUUAACCAAGAAGAUACAAAAAAUUCCAAGACUGGCCCCGACUUUUCAAAAUUGCUGAACCCCAAACUUCAGGAAAAGGUUAAUAGUAUUCAUAUGCCACAUAUACAAAGCGGCAAUAGUACCGUUAUUUCCAAUACGGGAGGCCCUGAGUUAGAUCCAGGCAAUAUGGAGACAAAUGAUCCUUUAUUUUCAGACGAAUUAGCUGAAAUUUAUAUGUCUAUACAUAAAUGCAUGGAUAUGCGUCAUAAAUAUCUUCGCAUUAGUUUGCAAGGAGAGUCAGAUAACCCAAGAGAUGAUGAAUCAUGGAAUAUAUAUCCUUCAGCAAAAGAAGGUGAGGAGGAAGAAGAAUUUUGUUUCGAGAAGUGUGAGAUUCCAGGGAUUGCCAACGAGAUGAUGUUCCAUCUAGACCAUCAGGGUAUUUAUCAGGUGUACGAAAAUGAAAGUGCGUAUACGGCUAAUACUCCCUCAUUCCAUGUGCCAACCAUUCGCGAUUAUUAUAUGGAUUUGGAUUUUCUUCUCUCGGCAUCCUCUGAUGGUCCCAGCAAAUCUUUUUCGUUUCGGAGAAUGCAAUACCUAGAGGGUCGCUGGAAUAUGUACAUACUCUUGAAUGAAUAUCAAGAGCUUGCGGACUCCAAGAAGGUACCACAUCGUGAUUUCUACAACGUUCGUAAGGUAGACACACACGUUCAUCAUUCCGCUCUUGCCAAUCAAAAGCAUUUGCUACGAUUUAUUAAAGCUAAACUUCGCAAAAGUCCUAAUGAAAAAGUUAUUUGGCGUGAUGGCAAGUUUUUAACUUUACAAGAGGUAUUCGAUUCACUGAAAUUGACCUCCUAUGAUUUGAGUAUUGACACUCUGGAUAUGCACGCCCACGCUGAUACUUUUCACCGAUUUGAUAAAUUUAACUUAAAAUACAAUCCUAUAGGCGAAUCCCGUUUGCGUACCAUUUUCUUAAAAACGGACAAUGAUAUUGAAGGUCGUUAUCUUGCUGAACUGACAAAGGAAGUGUUUACUGAUCUUCGUACCCAAAAAUACCAAAUGGCAGAAUAUCGUAUUUCCAUAUACGGACGCAACAAAGAGGAAUGGGAUAAGCUUGCAGCUUGGAUUAUCGAUAACAAGCUCUACAGUGCUAACGCGAGAUGGCUAAUUCAAGUGCCUCGCUUAUAUGAUAUCUACAAGAAAUCCGGUAUCGUUCACAAUUUUGAAGAGGUUGUUAGGAACAUCUUUGAGCCUUUGUUUGAAGUUACCAAAGAUCCGUCUAGCCAUCCUAAACUACAUGUUUUCCUUCAACGUGUGGUUGGUUUUGAUUCUGUUGACGAUGAAAGUAAGCCAGAACGUAGAACGUAUCGUAAAUUCCCAUUGCCGGCUCAUUGGAAUAUCGGUUUGAAUCCUCCUUAUAGCUAUUGGCUAUACUAUAUGUAUGCAAACAUGACAAGCUUGAAUGCUUGGAGAAAGAUGAGAGGAUUCAAUACAUUUGUUUUACGUCCUCACUGUGGUGAAGCAGGUGACACCGAUCAUUUAGCAAGUGCAUUUUUGCUUAGCCAAGGUAUCGCUCAUGGAAUUCUAUUGCGAAAGGUUCCUUUCUUGCAAUAUUUAUGGUAUUUGGACCAAAUUCCAAUUGCUAUGUCUCCGCUUUCUAACAAUGCCCUGUUUUUGGCCUACGAUAAGAACCCUUUUAUCUCUUAUUUUAAGCGCGGUCUAAACGUAAGUCUCUCCACCGAUGACCCCCUUCAAUUCGCAUUUACGAGAGAGCCUUUAAUCGAGGAAUAUGCAGUUGCAGCCCAAAUCUACAAGCUUUCGAAUGUGGAUAUGUGCGAAUUGGCAAGAAAUAGUGUUUUACAAUCUGGGUUCGAGCGUCAGAUAAAAAGUCGAUGGUUAGGACCGGAUAUGCAAGAUAUUGACCAUACAAAUGUUCCUAUAAUUCGCCUUGCAUAUCGUGCCUUGACACUGAGUCAAGAAAUUGCACUCGUUAAUAAGCAUGUUCAACCUACUCCUAACUCUUCUCAUCAUGACUUGGCUGAUUUGAUUAGAAAAUACGACAAAUUUACUGCUUCUGAACAACUUUCAACUUCGCCUAAUACGAAUGAUGCUACGAUUGCUACUAGAAGGUCAACUCAUGAUGCCCCGGACCAUGCACCGUUCUUCCCUGGAUUGAGUGUUAUUUCAGAGCGUCGUCGAAGGAAGGAAAGUACAACUAGUGCCAGUCAAGACAUGAAAGACUAA